AUGGCGGACUCCAAAAAGGGCGCUGGCGGCGCCGACAACAAUCUCGGCCAAUACAAAUAUGCGGCCAUGUCAAAUUUGGUCCUCCAGGCGGAUCGAAGAUUUGUGAGCCGUCGCGGCGAUGAAACGACGGGAGAUCCAGAGUCGCUGGCUGGCAGAAUAAAUCUGGGAGAAAUGGGAUCACGGACAGCACGUGAAAAGGCACCUGUGUCCGCGGCGACACAAGAACAAGCCCGGAAGAGGAAACGAACAGAACCGGUGCAGAGCUCGCGCGCAGCUGGUAUCCUCAGCCAACAGGAUAUGAACAUUGAAGGACUGCGAUAUCGCCCCCGAACCGCUGCGACCAAGGACGUGUACGAUUUGAUCUCGACGAAUGUGGCGCAGAAGAUGGGUGGCGAUUAUGGUCUUGCAGUCACGGCUUCUGCGACGGAUUCCGUGUUGGAGUACCUGAAGGAUGAUAGUCUGAAGGACUUUGACAAAAAGAAGGAGAUUGACGAUAUCUUGGGAAUCACAAGUUCGAGCAAGGAGUUCAAUCAGCUGGUGAACUUGGGCAAGAAGAUCACGGAUUAUGAUGCGCAGGACGAUGAUGAAGAAAUGGGCGAGGGUCUGCAAGAUGAAGCGGAUCUGGAUGAACAACAGGGCGUAGCCGUCGACUUUGGAUCCGAGGAUGAGGACGAAGAUGCUGGGAGAACAUUCGAAGUCAGGGAAGAGGACGAGGAGUCAGAAGACGACUUGGCCGUCGGAGCUGAAGAAGAGGCAGAAGACGGUGCUGGUCCUCCACCUGAUGUCGAGGGCGAGGAAGGCGAGGAAGAUGAUGGAAUGGUGAUUGAGAAUCGGCCUCGUCGGAGUGCGAAGGAAAGCAAGGAUCCGAAUAACGUCCCGGCACACGAAAUCGAUGCAUACUGGUUACAGCGACAAAUCGGCCAAAUAUACGAGGACGCUCACAUUCAGACCGAGAAGACACGAGAGGCCGAAACGAUCAUGUCGGCGAAGGAUGACGAGGGAGAAGAGAAGCCUUUGCGAGAAGUUGAGAACGACCUCAUGGAACUCUUCGAUUACGAGCAUCAUGAGUUGGUGGGCAAGCUGGUCAAGAAUAGAGAUAAGAUCAUUUGGGUCACUCGAUGGCGAAGGGUGGCCGAAGACGAGGAGGCUCGCGUGGCUUUGGAGAAGGAUAUGGUCAAUGCCGGACAUGCCACCAUUCUCAAGGAGCUGCGUGGCCGUGACGAUGCGCCUGCAAAGGGUGCGCCGAAAAUCACCGUCAAGCUAGACCCAAUGGAUCUGGACGCCAAGCUGCCAGUCAAGGACGAGGACGAUGUCAAGAAGGAAGGCAUUGUCGGUGGUCUGCAGCCUCGGAAGACGCUCAAUCUUGAAGACUUGAAGUUCGACCAAGGCAACCAUUUGAUGACCAACCAGAAUGUCAAGCUACCGCAAGGAUCGACGAAGAGGACCUUCAAGGGCUACGAGGAGAUUCACGUGCCUGCGCCAAAGCGAAGGCCGAACCCGAACGAACAGUCCCUAAUCCCAACGUCAAGUCUACCGACCUGGGCACAAGCAGGCUUCGGCAGCUCCAAGUCCCUCAACCGCAUCCAGACAGAGUGUUACAAAUCUGCAUUCGAAGAUGACGGCAACAUGCUGAUCUGUGCUCCGACGGGUUCGGGUAAGACGAACGUCGCCAUGUUGACUAUGCUUCGAGAGAUCGGCAAGCAUCGCGACCCUGACACUGGAGCUUUCGACCUCGCUGCUUUUAAGAUCAUCUACAUUGCUCCCUUGAAGGCGCUGGUACAAGAGCAAGUUGGCAACUUCGGCAAGCGGUUGGAGGCUUACGGGAUUACUGUUUCUGAGCUUACUGGAGAUCGGCAGCUCACCAAGGAACAAAUCGCAAACACCAAUGUGAUUGUCACUACGCCUGAGAAGUGGGAUGUCAUCACUCGAAAGGCCACCGACACGAGCUACACGAACCUCGUCCGACUGAUCUGCAUUGAUGAGAUCCAUCUUCUGCACGACGAUCGAGGCCCCGUGCUUGAGAGCAUUGUUUCUCGAACAAUUCGACGUGUUGAGCAGACUGGCGAUCCUGUGCGAAUUGUAGGUCUGUCCGCAACCCUGCCCAACUACCAUGAUGUUGCCACUUUCCUGCGAGUCGACAAGAAAGACCUCUAUCACUUCGACGGCACAUUCCGACCUUGUCCAUUGAAGCAAGAGUUCGUCGGCGUCACGGAGAAGAAAGCGAUCAAGCAGCUCAAGACGAUGAACGAUGUCUGCUACACAAAAGUGCUUGAGCAGGUCGGCCAGAACAAGAAUCAGAUGCUCAUAUUCGUCCAUUCACGGAAGGAGACCGCAAAGACUGCCAAGUACAUCCGUGACAAGGCGCUCGAGAAUGAUACUAUCGGACAGAUUCUGCGAACAGACGCUGCCAGCCGUGAGAUUCUGCGCGAGGAAGCGGAAGCUGCGCAGAAUGCAGAGCUCAAGGACGUUCUGCCGUACGGGUUUGGUAUUCACCACGCCGGUAUGAGCCGAGCGGACAGAACUGCUGUCGAAGAUCUGUUCUCCGAUGGCGCGAUUCAAGUCUUGGUUUGCACAGCGACCCUCGCGUGGGGUGUCAACUUGCCUGCGCAUACUGUCAUCAUCAAGGGCACGCAGAUCUACUCGCCUGAGAAGGGUUCCUGGGUGGAGCUUAGCCCGCAAGAUGUGCUGCAAAUGCUUGGUCGUGCGGGUCGUCCUCAGUACGACACGUAUGGUGAAGGUAUCAUCAUCACGACACAGGCUGAAAUUCAGUACUAUCUGUCUUUGCUGAACCAGCAACUGCCGAUUGAGUCGCAAUUCGUCUCGAGACUGGCGGACAAUCUCAAUGCCGAAAUCGUGCUGGGCAACAUCAGGACUCGUGACGACGGUGUGGAGUGGCUCGGCUACACAUACCUCUUCGUCCGCAUGCUACGAUCCCCCGCCAUCUACCAAGUUGGCGCCGACUACAUGGAAGACGAGACACUCGAGCAAAAGCGAGUCGAUCUGAUCCACUCAGCUGCGGCAGUACUGGAGAAGGCCAGCCUGGUCAAAUACGACAAGAAGACAGGUCGUCUGCAGUCGACUGAUCUUGGCCGAAUCGCCAGUCACUACUACAUCACGCACAACAGUAUGCUGACAUACAACAUGCACAUCCAACCUUCCGUCAGCCCGAUCGAGCUUUUCCGAGUCUUUGCGCUCAGCGACGAGUUCAAGUACAUUCCAGUGCGGCAAGACGAGAAGCUCGAGAUGGCCAAGCUCCUGGGUCGGGUACCAAUCCCAGUCAAGGAGACGAUCGACGAGCCGCAAUGCAAGAUCAACGUCUUGCUGCAAGCAUACGUGAGCAGACUGAAGCUCGAGGGUCUUGCAUUGAUGGCCGAUCUCGUCUACGUCACGCAGUCCGCUGGUCGUAUCCUUCGUGCGAUGUUCGAAAUUGCAUUGAAGAAGGGCUGGUCAUCCGUUGCCAAGGAUGCUUUGGAUUUGUGCAAGAUGGCGGAGAAGAGGAUGUGGCCCACCAUGACGCCGCUGAGACAAUUCCCUGACUGCUCGGUCGAUAUCAUCAAGAAGGCCGAGCGUAUGGAUGUGCCGUGGUCGAGCUAUUUCGAUCUCGACCCGCCACGGAUGGGUGAAUUGCUGGGCAUGCCUAAGCAAGGUCGACAGGUCUGCAACCUGGUUGCAAAGUUCCCCAGACUGGACAUCCAGGCACAAGCGCAGCCUAUUACUCGGAGUAUGCUUCGGGUCGAGCUCACCAUCACUCCCAAGUUCGAGUGGGAUGAUUCCAUUCAUGGACGUGCGGAAAGCUUCUGGAUCAUUGUCGAGGAUUGCGAUGGUGAAGACAUCCUAUUUCAUGAUCAAUUCAUCCUCCGCAAAGACUACGCCAUCUCCGAGAUGAAUGAGCACAUCGUCGGAUUUACAGUACCCAUCACCGAGCCCAUGCCUCCGAACUACUUUAUCUCUGUCAUCAGCGAUCGCUGGAUGCACGCCGAGACCAAGCUCACGCUGUCCUUCCAGAAGUUGGUCUUGCCGGAGAAGUUCCCGCCUCACACUCCGCUUCUGGACAUGCAGCCUCUGCCUGUUCAGGCCUUGAAGAGGGAGGACUUCGUGGGUCUGUACCCGGACUGGCCGCAGUUCAACAAAAUUCAGACGCAGACGUUCAAUGCACUGUUCCAAUCUGAUGACAAUGUCUUUGUUGGAGCACCGACUGGCGCCGGAAAGACUGUCUGCGCGGAAUUCGCCCUGCUUCGGCACUUCGCAAAAGCGAAUGCAGGCAAGGCUGUGUAUGUUGCACCCUUCCAGCAACAAAUUGAUGCGAGGCAGAAGAUCUGGCAGGCGAGGCUAGGCCCAUUAGCAGGUGGCAAGGAGAUCGUCAAGCUAACUGGCGAGACGACUGCUGAUCUGAAGCUCCUAGAGAAGGGUCAUCUCAUCCUCGCCACGCCUGUGCAGUGGGAUAUGAUGUCUCGACAGUGGCAGCGAAGGAAGAAUGUUCAGAAUGUCAGCUUGAUUAUUGCCGACGAUUUGCACAUGCUCGGCGGCCAUGGUGGCUACAUCUAUGAGGCUGUCAUGUCUCGAUCCCAAGCCAUCAAAGCUCAGCUUGAGAACGACCUGCGAACCAUCGGUCUGAGCGUUUCCCUCUCCAACGCGCGAGAUGUUGGCGAAUGGAUCGGCUGCAGCAAGCACACCAUCUUCAACUUCAGCCCCAACAGCCGACCAAUCUCCCUCAACCUGCAUCUGCAGACCUUUAACAUUCCCCAUUUCCCCUCGCUCAUGUUGGCCAUGGUCAAGCCUGCUUACCAGGCUAUCGUCCAGUACGCUCCAGACAAGCCGUCAAUCGUUUUCGUUCCAAGCCGAAAGCAGGUUCGCGGCACCGCACUGGAUCUGCUUGCUGCUUGCACUGCCGAGGAUGACGAGGAUCGAUUCUUGCAGACCGACGCUGAGCAGUUGGCACCCAUCCUGGCGAGGGUGAAGGAGCGGUCACUCGCUGAGUCGCUUUCGCAUGGUAUUGCUUACUUCCAUGAGGGCAUGAACGACUCCGACAAGCGCAUCUCCGAGUCGCUGUACAUGCAGGGCGCCGCACAGGUCAUGCUCGUGUCGCGAGACUGCUGCUGGGAGAUCCAAAGCGUCGCUCAUCUUGUCAUUGUCAUGGGCACGCAAUUCUUCGAGGGUCGUGAGCAUCGCUACAUCGACUACCCCAUCAGCGAUAUCUUGCAGAUGUUCGGCAAGGCUGGCCGACCCUCGACCGACAAGGACUGCAGAGGUGUGCUGAUGUGUCCCGAUGUCAAGCGCAAUUACUACAAGAAGUUCUUGGGUGAGGCGCUGCCGAUUGAGAGCCAGCUGCAGUCAUACCUACACGAUGCGUUUGUCACUGAGAUCAGCACGAAGACGAUCGAGUCGACGCAAGAUGCUGUGGACUGGACGACUUACACUUAUCUCUACAGGAGACUGUUGGCGAAUCCCAGCUUUUACGGGCUUACAGAUACCUCUCACGAGGGUCUCAGCGCGUACCUGUCUGAGCAAGUGGAGAGCACGUUGAAGGAUCUGUCUGAUGCAAAGAUCAUCGAACUGGACGAAGACGAAGAUACCAUCGCCCCACUCAAUGCUGCCAUGAUCGCAGCAUACUACAACAUCUCCUUCAUCACGAUGCAGACGCUCCUGCUCUCUCUCCGCCGCGGCACCAAGCUCAAGGGAAUCCUUGAAAUCGUCACAGCUGCCACCGAAUUCGAAGACAUCCAGAUCCGCCGUCAUGAAGAGUCUGUCUUGCAACUCAUCUACGAUCGCAUCCCAGCCAAGCUCUCCGACCUCAACCUUGAGUCACCACACACCAAGGCAUUCAUCCUGCUGCAAGCCCACUUCUCCCGCAUGCAACUCCCUACCGAUCUCGCCAAAGACCAAGAAGUCAUCCUCCGCAAGGUGCUCAACCUCCUCAGCGCUUGCGUCGACGUGCUCUCCUCCGAAGGCCACCUCAACGCCAUGAACGCCAUGGAAAUGAGCCAAAUGGUCGUACAAGCCAUGUGGGACCGCGACUCGCCACUCAAGCAGAUCCCUCACUUCGAAGACCGCGUCGUGGAAGUCUGCUCACAGUUCAAGAUCAAAGACGUCUUUGAAUUCCAAGACGCUAUGGAUCCGGACGAGAACCCCGACCACGAGAAAUUGAUGAAGGGUCUCGGUUUCAGCAACACUCAACUCGCCGACGCGGCUAAGUUCAUCAACGAGCGGUACCCGAACGUCGAGCUGGAGUUCGAGCUUGAGGACGCGGAGAACGUCGUCUCUGGUUCUCCGAGCACGCUUAAUGUCUCCAUCACUCGCCAAUUGGAAGAGGACGAAGAGCCGAACCUUGCUGUCCACGCGCCGUUCUAUCCUGCGGAAAAGACGGAGAACUGGUGGUUGGUGGUUGGAGAGGAGAAGACGAAGAAUCUGCUCGCGAUCAAGAGGGUUACUGUUGCGAGGGAGUUGAAGACGAAGUUGGAAAUUGUGGUCCCGACUGCGGGGGUGCAUGAGUUGACGUUGUAUUUGAUGAGUGAUUCGUAUGUGGGUGUGGAUCAGGCGCCGACUUUUGAGGUUGAUGCUGCGGAGGGCGAGGAGGAGGAAGAAGAUGAGGACGAGGAGAUGGAGGGGUAG